GAGCGUCUGGAGGCCGCACGUCCCCGAGACUGCCUCGACGCACAAGACCCGCGUCGAAUACGGAGCUUGUAAGGCGCCGCAGAGACUCCAUGAGUGCGGUAUUGAGAAUAUGGGUGUAGCCAUCUCGGCUCAGAUUGUUACUUUUUUUCUUCCGACGUCCCGUUUAUGUGUCAUUACCACGAAACGACGCACUUCAACCACUGCAACUUUGCCGGCUAUUGACGUUUUACUAUGGAGGAUCGUACGGCGGAAGCAUGGAAGUGAGUGGAGGUAUAAUGGCAGCAAUGAUGAAGGAGUGAUGGUCAUUUGUAUUGUUGCUGCUGGCAGGGCGUUCGGGGGCGACACGGAGGCAGGACGACUGCUGAAGAAGCUCUACUGCGGCACGAGCAAGCCAAAAAUCUCAUAUCCGAGUUCGUGAGCUGAUGGGGAGGGGAAAUUGGUAUGCUAUUAACUUGGCGUUGCUGUUUGCUGCUGCAGAGCUUAAGAUGAAGCCUCGAGAGGCGACGGCGCCGUUCAUUCCUGGCGGUGGAGUGGCGGGUGCUUCGGAUUCGAGGACACAUCGACUGGUGGCGAACACUUCGAGUCGAGCGAUCAAGGCGCCGGUGCCGUCCAAGCACAAGGGAGGAUCCCCCGAGAUGCACCCGAUCGACUACCUGUCGACGCACAAAAAGCCACUGAGUGAGAUUGAGAAGGAGAUGAAUGAGAUCAAGAGGCAGAUGGAGGGGUCCCGUAUGAGCUGCAUCAGACGCGCUCCGAAUCAGGAGAAGGAAAAACUGCAGCAGGUUUUCUCGUAUUCAACUGGGAGUAUCUUACCCCGCGAGCUCUUGCCCGGAUCUGAUCUCCUCGAUCGAGAACUCUCUCAUGCUGCUGCGCUGCGCAAUGGAAAACUCCCUAAGAAUCGUCUGACGCAGCUUGAGGGGCUCUACGACGCGGUGCUAAAAGAGGUGGAAUCACGAAAGAGCUACAUGUCCGAAAUGAUCGCAAUGGGAAGACCAGAGAAGGCAGCUCCUGUCGAGCGCGAGAUCUUGGAGCGAAUGACUGAGCUACGCAAAAUCCACAAACUCAUCAUCAAAGAUAAGCGAAGCAACAAUAACGAUGACAACUAA